UCCCUCCGAAACUCUCGAUCCCCAGUGGGAAGUCACCCCUGGUCACCCGGGAGGGGGACACGGUGGAGCUGCAGUGCCAGGUGACUGGGAAGCCCAAGCCCAUCAUCCUGUGGUCACGCGCGGACAAGGAGGCGCCCAUGCCGGACGGCAGCAUGGAGACAGAGAGCUACGACGGGAUCCUGCGGAUUGUGAACGUCUCCCGGGAAAUGACCGGAUCCUACCGGUGCCAAACCAGCCAGUACAACGGAUUCAACGUCAAGCCCAGGGAGACGGUGGUGGAGCUGAUUGUGCAGUAUCCACCCACCGUGGAACCCAUGUUCACAGAGAUGCGGCAAGGCCUGGGCCGCAACAUAGUGAUGAACUGCAGGGUGCUGCGGGCCUACCCGUCCCGGGUCCUCUCCUACGAGUGGAGGCUGGCCGGCAGGGUCCUGCGCACGGGCUACUUCGAUUCCCAGGACUCCACGGAGUACACUGUGAGCAGCCUGGCGCGCGAGGGCUACGGGGUCUACAACUGCAGCAUAGUGAACGAGGCCGGCACGGGGAGGUGCAGCUUCCUCGUCACGGGCCAGGCCUACGCGCCCGAAUUCUACUAUGACACCUUCAACCCGCUGUGGCAAAACCGUCCUCGCGUCUACUCCUACAGCCUGCAGUGGACCCAGAUGAACCCCAACGCAGUGGACCGCAUUCUUGCAUAUCGCUUGGGGAUUAGGCAG